AUGUCAUGUGAGCAGCACAUGCACUGCUCCCCAUCUUGCGACCUGGCGACCGUCGACAUCAUGAUCAUCACCGAAGACUCGCUGUACCGCAGCUCAACCCAAUUCAAGCACUGGUCCUUUACCCAAGCCCAACUCGAUGCCCAGCGGCGGACCACCAACCUUCUAGCAACAGAGCGCGUCAAAGCCAAUGUCGCGCGUCUUCGUGCCCAACGCGCCGAACACGACGGUGCAACGUCUGGGGUGGACAAUGGCAGUGGGACGAGCACGCCGCUGGAUCCUGGCGCAGAAACAACGAGCGAUCUGGUCUGUCUGACGGCCGAGGACGAGUUGAAGAUAGUCGACGACUUUUGCGAGAGGGCCGUCAAGCUGGGCACGCAUUGCGGAUACAACUACAACGUCAUGGCGACAUGCAUACAAUACCUCCGCCGCUUCUACCUCUACAACUCGCCCAUGACCUACCACGUCCAGAACAUACUGCGCACCUCCCUCUUCCUCGCCACAAAGUCUGAAUUCCUGCGCGAAAACGUCCAAAACUUUGCCGCAAACUCUGGCCGGAACGUGACAGCCGAGUCCAUUCUCGCGCCCGAACACCUCGUCAUGCAGGGUCUCCGCUACAAUCUCGACGUGCGCCACCCCUUCCGUGGCCUCAAGGGCGUCCACCUCGAGCUCGUCCAGAUCGCCCACGGCAAAUACGAUGGCCCAGGCGACAAUGGCACAAGCGCCGACAUCCAAACCCGCAUGCAAUCCCUCCCUUCGACCCCCGGCGGCCCUGCCACAAAAUCCACCGUCGCAGCCCUCGAGGCGCGCAUCACAGCCGCCUACACACAUGCCAGCCGGACUCUCAAGACAGCUGCCCUCUACACAGACGCCUACUUCCUCUACACACCCUCGCAAAUCAUGCUCGCCGCCCACCUCCUCGCAGACGAACCCCUCACCCUCUUCUACUUCUCCCUCAAACUCCCUGCCGACUCCCCUAUCCACGACAAACUCAUGCACACCCUCCGCGCCUGCGCACAACUCCUCUCCUCGCAUCGCCUGUACGUGUACACAACACUCCCAAAGUCCGAGCAAGAGACCCGGGAAGCGGCGCACCAGGCUGAGAUCAAGGCACUCAUUGCAAAACUCAAAAUGUGCAGGGAUCCAGACAAGGUCGAUUUGGUUAAGCUGAAUCAGGCACACAAGAGGGAUGCAGUGGGAGAGGCGGGCCUCGACGAGCACAAGGCUAAGAAGAGAAAGUUGGCCCGUGAGGGCUAUGAGAAGGAGAGUGAUGCCUUUUGGGGACCCGAGCUGGCCAAGCCAAAUUAA